AUGGAGAAGAACGAGAAGAAGAAGAAAACAGAGAUGACUUCUGACCUUAUCGUGUAUUGGGAAACAAGUUUACUCAAUCGAAGACAACCACUUUUGUUAGGUUAUCUUGAAUUCGCCAAGAACAAAACAAAAAGGAUGAAGACACUCCUGGAAUACGUUGUUAUAUACGUCACCAAUGUUAUCCUUCUCGGUAUUGGUGUCCUCUUUCUGUAUGUUGGAAUACGUGACAACUGUUGGUCUGGACAUCUGGACGUAUGUUUCUACCUGCCAACGUGGAUGAUCGGAGUGGCUGUUUUGAUAUUCAUCGAUCGGCUGAUUUAUUGGAAACACAAAUUCAAUGGAGUCAUUUUUGAGGGAAAGUUUCCAAGACCACGGAGUUCUAUCAGACACUCAAAUAAGGAGCAAAUCAAACAAUGGCAGAAAGACAAGGAGAAACGGAGCAGUUCUAAGAAAUUGAGGACUUCCAGUGUGAUUCUGAGAGUGAUUCUGUUUUUAGUAACUCUCGGACUCACAAUAGUUGCUCUUCACGUACUCAUUCAGGCUGUUCAUGGCAAAGGUUCUGCUGAUCCAGACCCAAUAAUAUUCAGUUUUUAUUUUGGAAUGCUUGCCCUAUUUGUAUAUUUCUGCAUGUUUGUGAAAUAUUCUGUCAAUUUUUGUACAUCUCGUUUGAAAAAAUCUAAAAGUACUAGCCCGGCACCUAUGCCAAAUCCAUAA